GGUGGCCAAGUGACGUGCUCCCUCGUCGCCACCAUACUUCCGCCUGUGUGGGUUGAAACGAAACGGCGGACCGAGCUGUGCGCCCAGAAGUACAAACACAGGCUAACUGCUGGUCGUAACGUAAACAAAGGCAAUACUACACGGUACUACACAGCGACUGGUCGACCGCACAGCGACCAUGUUGCCCGGCGCGGUGCUGGUUCUCCUGGCUCUGGGCUUCUCCGCGGUUGACCAGGCGGCUGCAGAGAGACGGCUGGUCUACGUGACAGUGCUGUUUCGCCAUGGCGACAGAUCACCCGUCAAGGCGUACCCUACGGACCCCUACCAGGAGAGCGCUUGGCCACAAGGCUUUGGCCAACUGUCGCAGGAGGGCAUGAGACAACACUAUAACCUGGGCCAGUUCCUCCGGGGGCGAUACAAGGGGUUUCUGAACGAAACGUACGACCGUCGAGAGGUGCACGUACGCAGUACAGACUACGACCGCACCUUGAUGAGCGCGGAGGCCAACCUGGCAGCUCUCUACCCCCCCAGCGGUCAACAGAUCUUCAACCUGGACCUGAAGUGGCAGCCGAUACCGGUACACACUGUGCCCCAGGACCAAGAGACUCUGCUCUCCUUCCCGACGGAUAAUUGCCCACGCUACAAGCAGCUGAUGGCCGAGACGGAGAAAAGCCCGGAGUUCGUCAACAUGACCACCAAGUACUCGGACUUUAUGGAAAUGGUGCAUAACAAGACGGGUCAGCUCAGCACCAGCGUGGAGACGGUGUGGAGCGUCUACGACACGCUCUUCUGCGAGUCGCGCCACAACCUCACCGCUCCAGUGUGGGUGACAGAAGACGUCAUGGACAAGCUGAAGAUACUGAAGGACUUUGCAUUCCAGAUCAUGUUUGACAUCUACAAGCACCAGGAGAAGUGCAGGCUGCAGGGAGGUGUGUUGCUGGGGGAAAUAGUGAAGAACCUUUCCAAGAGGGCUGAGCCGAACUCCAACGAGCCGCUGAAGAUGAUGAUGCUCUCAGCGGUGAACACCCCUACGGUGGUGGCGUCGCAGGUCUAGCAUGAGUGUGUUCAACGGCAUCCAGCCCCAUACGCCUCCUGUCACAUGAUCGAGCUCUACCGAGAGGACAACGGAUCCAUGUCAGUCUCCAUGUUCUACCGCAACGACAGCAGCCUGCCCGAGCCGUACCCGGUGGCCCUGCCCGGGUGUUCUCAGGACUGCCCCCUGGAGGACUACAUCAGAAUCACAGGCCCCUUCAUACCGGAUGACUUGGAGAAGGAGUGCCAGGUGCCCUCGGCGUUCAAUGACAAAGGUUUGUGACAAACGCCAAAAACA